AUGAAACGAUGGUCCUUCAAAAGAGCCUCAGAUUGCAAACCAUGCUCUCAACUUCGAGCCCCGGUCUCAGCACCCAGCUCCUCCUCAUCCUUGUCCUCGACCUCCAUCCCAGAAGACGUCUUCUUUAGCAGUUCACCUGAGGACAAGAGAAAUUUCUUGACUGAGAGCGACGAGUGCAGCAGUGAAGAGGACCUUUUAGACCUCUGCUCUUCUCUGAGAGAUUCAGAAUAUUUCAGAGACCUGCAACUUGGAUCCAUUGAACCACUAGACACACGACAUCCGGUUUUAAUUGCACCUGUUUCUGCCCCUUUGGUACCUCCAGCAUCCACACCAGAAAGUGGAUCUAGGCAGAAUUCCACAGAGUUCAACACCCAUCAACUUUUCCAGACAGACGACACUGUGAUUUCCACUGGAGGGGAAGCCAUGGAUCGCUUGGUUGCUAUCAGAAACUCAGAACAGAAGGAAUUCCAGGAUUAUCCGGAAUCCGAUCAAGAUGAGGACUCAGACACGGAUAACUUUCCUAUAUUAGUUAGAUCCAUGUCCACGUCACGUAGACACAGCUGGGAAGUGCCAGUGUCGCCGAUUGACCUGGGAAGAAGGUUCAGUCUAGACACUAACGGCAUUGACAGUGAUGGGGAAAGAGAGGUCCACUGUUUGGCCAAAAGUCCCCAUCUACCAUCUUCCUCCUUCUCCGAAAGCUCAGUGGAAGAAACCACUAGCGCUGUGGAAAGUGAAAUCCCCGAAACACCAAAGCCAACCACGCCAGCAAAGACAGUAUAUUCCAGAUCUGAUAUCCUUGCGACUGAUGAAAAAUCCCAAGCAGACAGAGUCUCCCACAUACUGGAGACUUCUAAGCAGGCUGCCAGAGAGGCUGGAGAAGAGCAGGAGUCAGAAGAGGGGCUGCAGUCAGUGGAAGGAUGGAGUCAUGUAGCUAAACGCAGAACUUCAAGCACAGAAAGAAAGGAGGUGACAGGGAAUUUCACGUGGUACGAGUUUCUUGCCAUUAAAAAUGAUGAGGAAGAGGAGGACAGACCGGAGCGUCCGGAAAAAGGCACCAAAGUCAAGCGGACUCUGAGCUCACUGAGGAGCCGCGUGACCGGAUCCUUCAACAAAGACAAAGGUAAGACCCGAGACAAAGAGCAGCAGAAAGAGAAAAGCAGAGAGAGAGAGAAAUACAAAGAGAAGGAGAAAGAGUUGCGCGAGUGUGUGAAAGUGCGGCGGCGCAGCGUGAGCGGCCACCAGCUUGUACCUGGCUCGUUCUCCACCUGGGCGACAUGUUCACUGUGCAGCAAGACCCUGCAGAGGAAGCAUGGCCUGCAGUGUUUAAACUGCGCCGUCAACGUCCACAAGAGCUGCAAGAACCUGCUGCCCGAGUGCAGCAGCAAAAACAAGACAAAAGACUUGGCGCAGAAGACAUCAAACGCUGCAGCUCAGUCGCAUAGUCAAGGUCUGAGGGACCCCUGCUCUGCCCUGACCCCUGUCGAUGGCUCGUCCCGGAAGUCUCGCUGUGCUUCAGGUAUGACCGUUCCACCCAAAGGACACAACGCCCAACCUGCCGCCUCCAGCAACCCUACGGUCAGCCACAACAGCAGCAGCGGCUCUAUCACAGGAGAGAUGAAUGAGGUUGACGCAUUCAGGAUGAAGCGCCCCACUGACGACACCAUAUCUCUCGCCUCCACCACGCCGGAGUCUUUCAUCGUUGAAGAUGCGUAUUACGCCACAGUACGAGGGGAACUGGAAGCCAUCGCGCAAGAUUUUGAGGUGGAGUCCUGGAGUCUGGCUGUGGAUCAGCACUUCUUGAAGAAACAUUCGAAGGAAAUGAUCAAGAGACAGGAUGUUAUAUACGAGCUCAUCCAGACAGAGAUACACCACGUGCGGACGCUCAAGAUCAUGCUCCGCGUUUACGCUCGAGACCUGCGGGAGGCGCUACAGCUGGAUGACAGGAAGCUGGACUGUCUGUUUCCCCGGCUGGACAGCCUGCUGGAGCUGCACAGCCUCUUCCUGUCCCGCCUCCGGGAGCGUCGCGCAGAAUCCCUGCAGCCGGGCAGCGAUCGCAACUAUGCCAUCCAUAAACUCUCAGAUAUCCUUAUAUCCCAGUUUUCCGGAGAGCUUGGAGAGCGAAUGAAGGAAAGUUAUGGGGAUUUCUGCAGUCGGCACACUGAAGCGGUCAACUACUACAAAGAGCAACUGCAGAGCAACAAGAAGUUCCAGAACCUCAUGAGAAAAAUCAGCAAUCUGCCAAUAGUGCGGCGGUUAGGCGUUCCAGAGUGUAUCUUGCUGGUGACGCAGCGAAUCACAAAGUAUCCUGUUCUUCUGGAGCGCAUCCUGCACAACACAGAAGCCGGGACAGAGGAACAUGAAGGAUUAGCACAGGCUCUCACUCUAAUCAAAGACGUCAUUGUUCAGGUGGAUGCCCAGGUCAGUCUCUAUGAGAAGGAAGCACGGCUCAGGGACAUCGCCUCCAAGGUGGAGCCCAAGUCCCUUGGGAAAAUCAAAGAUGGACGCGUUUUCCGGAAGGAGGACCUUUCUCAGGGGCGCCGCAAGCUCUUGUAUGAGGGCAUGGUCAACUGGAAAGCUGCAUCUGGUCGACUUAAAGAUAUUCUAGCUCUCCUUCUUACUGAUGUUCUCAUCUUGCUGCAAGAAAAGGACCAGAGAUACGUGUUCUCCACUGUGGACAACAAGCCAUCUGUUAUUUCACUGCAGAAGUUGAUCGUCCGUGAGGUGGCGCACGAGGAACGGGCCAUGUUCCUCAUCUGUGCCUCCUCAAACGAACCUGAGAUGUACGAAAUCCACACGGCCUCAAAAGAAGAUCGCAACACGUGGAUCACCCACAUCCGUCAGGCAGUGGAGAGCUGUCCACAUAUAGAAGAGAGAUUGUUUAGCGAGGAAGAGGAAGCCAGAGUCGCCUGGUUCCGAGAGCUUCAAGAUCGCCUGACGUUGAAGGACACUCAGAUUGUCCAGAGCCUCACAGAGAAGCUGCAGUUGUUUGCAGAGCUGGCUGAAUCUGUGGCCGGUUUAGAGGAUGCCAGCUCUCGCUCCCGUCUGCUGCUGCGGGGCGAUGCCGUGGAACUCCAGCAGGGGGAGCAGCUGCUCAAAGGAGCCAUUACUGAAGUGGAGAACCUGCAGAACCUCCUUGCAUCUGGAGCUCGGGAAGCAUCUCCACAGACUGAGGGGAACCAGAGUCCAUCCUUGAGUUUGCUGCCACGCAGAGCGGACACCUUCGGCGGCUAUGAUAGCAUUCCUAGCAUACUGCCUAAGAAUGGCAGUAUUAAGAAGAAGGUUGCCGGAGCGGCCAGCAGGUCCAGGGACAGGAGUCAACGGGCCAGCUCUGAUCCGCAGCUCAAAGAGGUGUACGCAUGUCAGGACCGGGAUGAGCUGGACGAGGCCUCUUCACCUGGCUUGCGCAAAAUGUGGUCCACCUGUAAAUUUCCAGAGUCAGAGUUCUAUGAGCGAGUGCUGCUGCUGUCCCAGAGGCUGUACAGUUUACAGGCCAUAAUCUCUCAGCAGGACAGCCACAUCGAGCUCCAGCGGGCCUCUCUCCUCACCGCCGAGCGGGACCGUCCCGGCAGCCGGAACCGUGGCACAGACGUGCUUCUGGAGCAGGAGAAGCAGCGCAACCUGGAGAAGCACCGCGAGGAGCUUGCCAACUUCCAGCGGCUACAGAGCCAGCAUCGGCAGGAGCAGGCGCGCUGGGAACGGGAGCGGGAGAAGCAGCGGCGGCAAGAGGAGGUGGCCGAGCAGCGGCUGAAGGAGUGGGAGGAGGAGUGUCGGCGACUGGAGCUGCGUUUGUCCGAGGAGAGGCAGGAACUCGAGAGGCAAAGGCAGACGUAUCAGCAAGACCUGGAGAGGCUGAGAGAGUCCACACGUGUUGUUGAGAAAGAGAAAGAGCGAUUGGAGCAACAGAGGAAGUUGAAGAAGCACAACACGGUGCCAAAUACGACAGCGCUGUAUGCACAGGAAGUUGGACAGCUUUCCAGUUCCUCCAGCUUUAACGGUGAGCUGCUGCUCGGCGGAGCUGGGGACCAGACACUUCCUCAAAAGUCGCACCUGCGGGCCUCUCUCUCCGCAUCCCCCGCCGACUACCCGGAGCGUCCUGAAGUCCAUUCGCGCCGCGAGAGCUCCUGCAGCACCCUACCGGCCAAGACGGAGGUUCCCAUCCAUCUCAUCAGCACCACAAACCAGCUGCACAAGCAGGGCAGCGUCCAGCAGCAGAUACCGACCAAACUCGCCGCCUUCAGCAAAGGCAAGGAGAAGAGUGGGAAGGGCAAGAGUUCACACCGCACCGACAGUUGGGCUUCUGUUGACAUGAAGCAGAUGCUGCCCAUCAAGCUGUCAUCGAGGGAUUCGGACGGAGGUCACAAAGCACGCCGGCCCAUCAGCCCCCACCAACCUCAACAUUCGCACUCAGAUUCCCUCAGCCCUCCAGACAUGCAUACGGACGCCCAGUCUAGCCUCGCGCCUGCCAUUCUCAAAACCCACAACCAGACCUCCCAGCCCACCCUCCAGUACACUGUUAGCGACGAAGCCGCCAAGGAGGACGUUAUCUUUUUCUGAGGUGUCCAAUGGGAUGCAAAGACAUUGCGUUAACGUUUCGGACGAUAUUUUACUUAAGGCACACGUUUUAAUCCUCCUAGUCUUAACAACUAACAAGUUUUAUUGAAGCCUGUAAAUUUACGACAAAGAAAAAUGUGUUUUAGUUUAUACGAAAAAAGGCUCUGUGUUUGUCCAGAAAACCCAAAGACUUUGACGGACAGCUUCAGGUGAAGGACAUUUCUGUAGCACGAGCUCCGAAAGGGCGAUAUGAAGGAUGAAUGGAUGUUUUUAGGUUGCUUAUUGUUGUGGUGAGCAAUCUUGCACAGCGGCAAUGUCCCAUUUCAUUUCAGACUCAGUAUUUGGGACGACUGUUUUCUGUUGGAUUUGUUCAGUUUCAUUUUUUGGGUCACUCUGGAACAUUACUGCUUAUGGAAAAUGGCAUACGUUGACAUUUUGAAAUUUAAGUCAGUUUUGACUGCACACUGUGUAAACUUUGCUGGAUUUCAACUUGGAUUAUUUGAUUUCACAAAAGCCAACUCUAUUUCAAUUGCCAUUUUAUUCAUGUGGUACAUCUUUUUAGAGAUUUCUUCCAAAUGUUCACAAAAAAAUAAUAUUAAGCAGCGGACAUGAAGAGAAUCCAAGGUUUUAUUAACCGUUAUUCUGUUUUUAAUUUAUACGUUAGUAGAUCUUCCAAAUGAUAGCGAUUGAUCUGAGUAUUUUGAGAUUACUCAAAUAGAAAUCAGACGAUGGAUACAAAUGUCUUAAAUUUAAGACAUGACUUGGCUAAAAUACGAACGACUGAAUGUCCAGGUCGUUAUUUACCCUGAAAAAUCUGUUACUGUAUUACAGUAAUGAGAAUUAGGUUUGUUUGUUUUGUUUUAUUGCAUUACGAUAUUGAGAACUUUUAGGAGGAAAGGUUUCAUUUCAAAAUUUAAAUAAUCCUAAAAUAGCUUUUACUGUCUUUCUUUAGAGAAAAAAAAAUAAAAUAUGACAUUAAUGUACACAGUUCCAUUUAAGAUUAGUGCCAAAUAUAUUUAAAUAUUGUGGUAGAUGUAUACACAGUUUUUAUUUUUUGUUUGUUUUUAACAAACUCAACUUAGUUUCCUUUCCUAGUUAUUUCCACAUUCAAGAAGAAAAGCUUUGUUUUAAUCUUGUUUCCUUUAAACACAUUUCACAUUUUUGCAUUUCCUCCAUUCUUAUGACUCGCAUUCAUUUCAUUCCAUGUCUAAAUUAAGUCGCUAAAGUUGUCAAGCAUUUCCUCUGUUCUCAAGCUGAACACACAAACAGCGUGUGUGAUGUAAUACUUUGGAUUUCAGAGUAAUGCCACCAAAGACUAGGAUUUAAACCACUCCGUUUCUAAAUCUAACCCAUGAGCUGUGAAUAUAACGUAUCUCUGAUGUCCGUUUCCUGCGGCCAUGUGACUUAUAUGUAUAUGUUGUACAUAGUUUCCUUUUAACAUAGAUGAGAUGUAGAUAUUUUGCAAGGAUGUCUUAUGGCCACUGAAAUUACAGAUGGAUCAUUUGGGUAUAAUUUGUUCGUUUCAUUUUGUAAGCACUUUUUUUGAAAAAUUUAUUCUAUAGUCAUUGAGUGUUUUUCAGUUCAAAAACAACCCAUAAUGCAUUGCUUUUGGAUAACCUUUGGAUUCACCUAUUCCACUUGACGGAAGAAGUAUUUUUGAUGUUAUGUUUAUAAAAACGGCUUGAUUUGAUAUUCAUCCUACAUUUUGAGUUUCUAGGUCCAAUGCUUUUCCGUGGUGCAAGUGAAGGGAUAUUUUCACACUGUAGCAGAUCGGUUUUGACUCUCAAUGAUGUGUAAAUAAAUGUCACAUGAUGUUGAUGAUCUAAUAAUGAAGUUAGUGACUAAAUGCUGUUUGUCUUACUCCUUUAGCUGCAGCGCACUUUAUCUCAGAAUGAAUUGUUUUCUUUGAUUUGUUCAACUGUGAGUUUAAAAAAAAAAAAACAUCAUGUCGCUUUAAAUUGUCACUUGAUCCGGCCGGCAUUCAUUGUGACUGUAGCUUCUUGGUGUCUGUGAUGGUACGACAUAGUUGUAUGACGUUAUUCCUAUGUGAAGAGUAUUUCUUGUCAAAUAUUGCUGUCAAAUUGUGUCUAAAAACUAUGAUUUUUCUGUUUCCAGUUACACUAGCCACUUUUCAGUACCAGCGAACUUUAAGGGGGACCUCGAGUGUUAAUAUUUCUGAUGUUUUGUGUCUUAAGUUUUUAGCACGCAAGGCCAGUUUUUUUUCUACCACAGCAUUGUACUCACCCUACCGAAGAAAAAUAGAAAAACUUGUGAACACUUAAAACUGCUGCCUUUAGAGACAUUAUAGUAAUAAAAUAUGUGGGGAAAAAUCUG